CAUCCUCCCCCAGGAUCACCACCACUCCAUUCCGUGUAGCUCAUCAACGUCCUUGUGUGUAUGACCUCCAGGCUUGCUCUUGCAUUCUUGAAGAUUCGUGCAUUCCGUUCCAACCAGAUGUUCCAAAUCACUGCAAAGAACACUGACAUCCACAUCUUCUUCCGUUCCACUUUUUCAACAGUUUUGCGGCAGUUUGCCUCCUUCGGUCCGUUCCGCCUGCGUUUCCUUCUCUCUAUAUAUAUUGCAUCUUGUAUGAUAUUCGGAGGACAAUCUCCAUAUGUACUAAACCAUUUCCUUAGUCUCGUGUUCUAACACCCAUCAUCUUCCCAUUCUUUUUCCCAAGCCCUCCCGUUGUUGCCACUGUUCAUUCUGGUAGUGCACAAACAAAGAAUUUGCUAUUUCUGAGAGCAUUAAUUGAGUUGAUUUAUGUGAAUUUUGAGGCGAGCAUAGCUGCAAAGUGUCUUGAAAGAAAUGAAGCCAGACGAGACGGCAUCAGCUUCUGGUUAUGCGAGUUGGUCAUGGACGGUGGUGUGCCUUUUCAUAUCAGGUAUAGUUGUUGGUUCAUUCAUAGCAGGCAUGUUACUCAAUUGGAAACCCUUACUCAGCAGCAAGUUCUGGGCUCUACUUGGUUACCAAGAUGAGGCGUUGGUUAUCACCGAGGGAAGUUCGUCUUCCCCGCGGGGUUACAAAUAUGAUGUGUUUCUGAGUUUCAGAGGUUCUGAUACCCGCCGUAGUUUUGUUGAUUAUCUUUACCGACGUCUCUUGGAAGAAGGUAUUUUGGCCUUCAAAGACGAGAAGGAAUUAAACAGAGGAGAAAUCAUUUCAUCAAAGCUCCUGCAAACAAUUAAAGAUUCACGGAUUUCUAUCGUUGUGUUCUCAAGGGGUUACGCUCGCUCAAAGUGGUGUUUGGACGAACUGGUUGCUAUAGUUGAUUGUCACAAAGAGAUGAAGCAGGAACUUCUCCCAGUUUUCUAUGAUGUCGAUCCACGUGACGUUCGAUAUCAAACUGGGCCAUACGAGGAUGCCUUUGACUCGCAUAGGGAGAGAUUCAGAGAAGAGCCUGACAAGAUCUACAAAUGGAAGAGUGCUAUGACGUAUUUGUCCAAUAUUAGUGGUUUGAUUUUAAGAGAUCAAGCAACAACUGAAGGGAUUGACAAAAUGAUUGAGGCGGUGUUGGACAGACUGGUUUAUAAAUUCCAAAGUUCAAGGUUUGCUGAUAAAAAUCCAGAAUCCCCUCAAGGAAGACCAUCAUCGCAGGAAGUCAACAAGUAUGACGUGUUUCUCAGUCUCAGACGCGCCCACACUCCUCACACAUUUAUUGACCAUCUUUACCAAUAUCUCAACAAGAGAGGAUUUUCCACCUUCAGAAGUGACGAGGUGAUGUCAGAGUCACAGCUCCGGCAAGCACUUAAAAAUUCAAAGAUUCUUAUCAUUGUCUUCACAAGUGAUUAUGCUGACUCAAGAUUCUGUUUGGACGAAAUGGCUACUAUAGUUGAUUGUCACCGGGAACUAAAACAAACUAUCAUCCCAGUUUUCUGUGGUGUGGAUCCUAGUGAUGUUCGAAGACAAGCGGGUCCAUACCAGAAAGCCUUUAUUUCGUAUACAGAGGAAUUCAAGCAAGAUCCUCUCAAGGUUCAACAAUGGAGGGAAGCUUUCAAGUAUAUCACUGAUCUACGUGGUGUUGUUCUAAGAGAUGGGCCAGAGACUGAAGCGAUUGGAAAUAUCAUUCAGACAGUGGAACAGUUAUUCCCUAAAUUCCCAAGGCCUAGUAGCCAUAGUCAAGGUUGGAUACAAUCCCGUUUAGACGGGCUAGAGAAGCUUUUGAAAUUAGAGGAUGAUUGUAUUUUAGUGGUUGGAAUUUGGGGCAUGGGUGGAUCUGGAAAGACAACCCAUGCUUUAGCUUUGUAUAACAGAAUCUUUGAGAAAUUUGAGGGUGCUUGUUUCAUUCAGGACGUAAGCCAGGUUUACAGAGUUGGUGGUGCAACUGCUUUGCAGAAACAAAUACUCUGUGAAUCUUUAAAUGUAGAACUUUCAGAUAUCUACAAUCCUUUAGAAAUAUCUGACCUCUUAAGAAAGCUAUAUCGGAAAAAGAUCCUUAUAGUCCUUGAUGGUGUUGAUGAGCUACGCCAGUUGGACUUAUUGGCUAUAAAUCGCAACAUGCUUGGGAAGGGAAGUAGGAUUAUCAUAACCACUAGGAAUAGGCAUAUUUUGGAUGCAUAUAAAGUAGAUUUUAUUCACGAGAUUUCACUGUUGAAUAAUGAUGAAGCUCGUGAACUGUUCCUGAGUGCUUGUGGUAUUGUGGAUGAUCAGGACUAUACUAGGUUGAUUCCUAGAGUGCUAGAAUAUGCUCAUGGUCUUCCGUUGGCAAUCAAAGUACUGGGUUCUUUUUUGCAAUACCGUGAUGUAACCUUCUGGGAAGAUACCUUGGAUAGACUGAGAAGAGAGCCAUCUUUUGAAAUCAUGAAGACUCUUCAAACAAGUUUUGAUGGAUUAGACGAUGAAGACAGAGAAAUCUUUUUGCACAUUGCUUGUUUCUUUCAUGGGAAGAAGGUAGAUUUUGUAAAGGAAGUUCUAAGUUGUUGUGGAUUUUUGGUUGAAAUAGGGAUUCAAACUUUGUUGGACAAAUCACUCAUCACUAUCCAAAAUGAGGAAAUUCAUAUGCACGAUCUGUUGCAAGAUUUGGGAAAGAAAAUUGUCCAUGAAGAAUAUCCAAAUAAUCCAGGAUUGCGGAGUAGAUUGUGGCUUUACGAGGACUUUAGUUUUGUCUUGAAGUCAAACACGGCAACAAGCAAGGUUAAAGAUAUAGUUCUAUAUGAGGAUGCCUCCAUCUCUGAAUAUGAAGAUUUGAACAUUGAAGGAUUGUCAAAAAUUAGAAAUCUUGAACUGCUCAUAUUAUAUGAUCUGCAUUUUUCAGGAAGACUUACUUCUCUUCCCAAUGAAUUACGGUAUCUUUUUUGGCAUGGAUAUCCUUUCUAUUCUUUGCCUUCAUUAGAACCGUAUAAUCGUCUUGUUGGAUUGAAUUUGCCUAACAGCAACAUCGAACGCCCAUGGUAUGGCUGCAAGGACUUCCCACAUUUGGAAAGGGUGGAUUUGAGUUACUCAAAAUACCUCAGGGAGACACCAAAUUUUGAAGGGAGCCCAAGACUUAAGCGUCUAGAUUUCACAGGAUGCAGAGAGCUAAUGGAAGUCCAUCCAUCUAUCGGACAUCUUAAAGAACUUGCUUACUUGAGUUUCCGUGACUGUGAUAUGUUGGUCACCCUCAAUCUUGAUCAUAAAUGCAAAUUAAGUUCUUUGAAGGUUCUUGACCUCUAUAGUUGCAGACAUCUUGAGAACACACCAGAUUUUACAGGACUACCCAAUGUUGAGCACAUUGAUCUUGGAAAAUGUGAAAGUUUAUCCACUGUUCAUCAUUCUAUUGGGAAUCUUGAAAAGCUUAAGUUCUUAAAUGUGCCAGCCGACAUAGAUCUUCCUAAGUUAGGUGGUGUCAGAAUUAUUCGAACUCCAUAAGUUCCUAGUCGCGUAGAAAAAGUACUGUCUUCCUGGUAGAUAUACCACUGAGAGGCUUUCCAGGCUAACGUAUCAAAAAGUGAUGUGUUAUUGUGUGCUUACAAGAUUGCAUAAGCCCUCAUUUGGUCUUAAUUUGAUUGCAACUGGAUCAUGACAAGGCACUUGAAUCAUCGAAUGCAUGGUGAGCAAGAAUAGUUGAGGUGCAUACUCUCUGCCUUUCUCCUCUUAUCACAAUUUCUUUAUUAUAUUUUGUCUGUUUAUACCUUUGCAAGUCGCAGGUAUAUCACUUCCAUUGUGGUUGAGUUUUGACAUUGCAGUUCCUUUUGUGAGUGAAAUUCCAGCUCAGUGUUUCAAAUUGAGUUGAACUCUCAUUUCUGGAAGUAGUGAGUAUGUAGAAAUAGAAAAAAUGUUUCGAUAUUCCACCUUGAUUAGUGUUUUAGUGUUUUAUCUUUCCCAGUCAA